UUGUGCCUGCAGAUUAAGAAUAUACAAAUCAUAGAGAGGAGUGGAGUUCUGAGCUUCCUUCACGUGAAGCUUACGCUGUAAUAAAAUUACGAUUACAAGUAAAUGUCCGCGAAACGAUGUCGUGUUCCCAAGCCCCACAGUUUUGGUGUCUCCCCAUUCAUCAGUGCGCAGAGCUCGCCAAUGGGGCUUUCUGCACCUUAAAUGCUCCUCCUCCGCAGCUGGGAGUAGAGUAAAUUAGAAGUGCUUUUUUUUUAGAAGCAAAAGCCGUUGUUUUUUGUUUCAAGCUGUCGAAUCAAUCAAUGGUACAGUUGCAGCAUCAGCACAGUGAUCGAUCGAGUCAAAGGCAGAGACUGAGAAAGGAAAGUGAACUCAAAAGGUUCAAAACCUUUUCGCUUUCGAGAUUCAAAAGGUUCCAUAUGUAUACACACAUUUCGGAUUCUGAUUUCUGAUUUGCGAGUUGGGUUUUCUCAGUCAGCAAAAUACAAGUUCAAAGAUUGCAUUUUUGAGAUGUUGUCGGUCUGAAAAAUCGAUUCAAUCCGCAGAUUUUUAAAAAUGGUUUCUCAAAAAGGUCGAAUCUUUUUCUUAUUGCUGCCAUUGCUGUUCUGGGGUUUUCUGGGUUCGGCAGAAGCAGGAGAUGCGGAGGCUCUGUUAACUCUGAAAUCUACAAUCGACCCUCAAAGCGUGCUGCCAUGGCGGCAGGGAAGCAAUGUGUGCGAGUGGGAAGGGGUGAAGGACUGCCUGCGAGGCAGAGUCACGAAGCUUGUGCUGGAAUAUUCGAACCUGACGGGGGUUCUGGAUCACAAGAUCUUGAACCGGCUCGACCAGCUGCGAGUCCUCAGCUUCAGCAACUCCCUCUCCGGCCAAAUCCCCGACCUCUCCGGCCUCCUCAACCUCAAAUCCCUCUUCCUAAACGACAACAACUUCUCCGGCGUUUUCCCCUCUUCCAUUUCCGACCUCCACCGCCUCAAAGUCGUCGUCCUCGCUGGAAACAAAAUCUCCGGCGAAAUCCCAAUGUCACUGCUCAGGCUCCACCGCCUCUACGUCCUGUACUUGCAGGACAACAAGUUCACUGGUCCCAUUCCACCGCUCAACCAGACCUCCCUCCGGUUCUUCAACGUGUCGAAUAACCAGCUAUCCGGAGAAAUUCCGGUGACCCCAACUCUGAUUCUGUUCAAUGCGUCGUCGUUUUUGGGGAACGUCUAUGUCUGCGGGGUGCAACUUGACAAACCGUGCGGGGGCAUUAUCGCGUUUCCGCCGUCGAUCAGUCCCACCAGUCAACCGGGUCCAAAGUCAAAGUCAAAGCGCGGGAAACUGAUUAAGAUAAUCGCAGGGAGCGUGGGCGGGUUCGCGGUGGUCGUAAUCUGCUCGGUUCUGCUGUGGAUGGUGUGCCGGAGGAGUCGCGGCGGUGGCGGGGAGGCGAGGAGGAGCAAAGGCGGGGUUGUGGGGGGUGCUGAGCUGGCAACUGACAGAGGAGGAGGAUCAGGGGAGGGGCCCAGUGGCAAGGGAGCUAAUAAUGGUGGGUUUUCGUGGGAAGGUGAGGGGUUGGGGAGUUUGGUGUUCUGCGGAGCAGGGGAUCAGCAGAUGGGUUACCGUCUGGAGGAUUUGCUCAAGGCGUCGGCGGAGACGCUGGGGAGGGGCACAAUGGGAAGUACGUACAAGGCCGUGAUGGAGUCCGGGUUUAUCGUGACGGUGAAGCGGUUGAAGGACGCGAUGUACCCGAGGAUGGACGAGUUUAGGAGACACGUGGACUUGCUAGGGAAGCUGAGGCACCCACACCUGGUCCCACUGAGGGCCUACUUCCAGGCUAAGGAGGAACGCCUGCUCGUAUACGAUUAUUUCCCCAAUGGCAGUCUCUUUUCACUUAUUCAUGGUUCAAGAACUUCAGGAGGCGGGAAGCCGCUUCACUGGACGUCAUGUCUUAAAAUAGCUGAGGACUUGGCGAGUGGUGUUGUUUAUAUCCACCAGAACCCCGGCUUAACUCAUGGAAACUUGAAAUCCUCAAACGUCUUGUUAGGUUCCGAUUUUGAAUCCUGCUUGACGGAUUAUGGUCUCACGUUAUUCCGAGAUCCGAAUUCACUCGAAGAACCUAGCGCAACCACUCUCUUUUAUAGAGCACCAGAAUGCCGCGACAUCAGAAAACCAUCCACCCAACCAGCCGAUGUGUACAGCUUUGGCGUCCUCCUCCUGGAGCUCCUAACCGGAAAGACUCCCUUCCAAGACCUUGUCCAGGAACAUGGUUCGGACAUCCCUAGGUGGGUCCGCUCGGUGCGCGAAGAAGAGACAGAGUCAGGGGAUGACCCUGCCUCGGGGAAUGAGACAUCAGAGGAGAAGCUGCAGGCACUUCUUAACAUAGCAAUGGCUUGUGUUGCGCUAUCACCGGAGAACCGACCAGCGAUGAGAGAUGUUCUAAGGAUGAUAAGGGAUGCUAGAGCGGCGGGUCACGUGUCUUCCAACAGCAGUGAUCACUCGCCGGGGAGAUGGUCGGAUACCGUUCAGAGCCUGCCAAGAGAAGAACACUUGAGCAUUUGAUCAUGAGUGAUUGGUAAAGUAAUUAACGUGGCGGAUUAAACUUAAUCAUGUAUUCUGAUUCUUUUGGGUUUGAACCGUGAUUCUUGUACUACGCAUUGUAGAGUGUCGCACUUGGUGUAAAGGUUCUAUGAUUUAAUUCUUGUUUCUUGUUUUUGCAUAUUAAAGAAAAAUUUACAUGAAACGCGUUUAUCGCCACAGUGAGAGGUCAGCAGAGUUUUGUUAUUGGUUGAUGAGAUUGAGAGUUGAUACAUUUAUUUAGUGAAAAUUGAAGAUUUACCUGUU